AUGUCGAAAGAGAAAGCAGAUAUUGGACUUAUUGGAUUGGCUGUAAUGGGUCAAAAUCUCAUUUUAAACAUGAAUGAUCACCAUUUUGUGGUUGCUUGUUUUAAUCGUACAGUAUCGAAAGUCGAUCGCUUUCUUGAAAAUGAAGCAAAAGGAACACACAUACUUGGAGCACAUUCAAUUGAAGAAUUAGUUGAAAUGUUAAAAAAGCCAAGACGCGUCAUGUUACUUGUACAAGCUGGAAAAGCUGUCGAUGAGUUUAUUGAAACAUUGAUACCACUUUUAGAAAAGGGAGAUAUUAUUAUCGAUGGUGGCAAUUCGCUGUAUAGAGAUUCAAUGCGUCGUGCAGACUAUUUACAAUCAAAAAAUUUAUUGUUUAUUGGUACAGGUGUUUCAGGUGGCGAAGAAGGAGCACGUAAUGGACCAUCAUUGAUGCCUGGUGGUCAUGAAGAAGCAUGGCCACAUAUCAAAGAUAUAUUUCAGUCGAUUUCAGCCAAAGCCGAUAAUGAACCAUGUUGUGAUUGGGUAUGCAUGUGUCCAUCUGGUUCUGGUCAUUUUGUUAAAAUGGUUCAUAAUGGUAUUGAAUAUGGUGAUAUGCAGUUGAUUUGUGAAAUUUAUCAAAUUAUGAAAGAUAUAUUGGGUAUGUCAGAAACAGAAAUUGCUGAUACAUUUACAACAUGGAACAAAGGCACAUUAGAAUCAUAUUUAAUUGAAAUAACUGCCAAUGUAUUAAGAUUUAAAGAAAAAGAUGUAUUUAUACUUGACACAAUACGAGAUGCGGCUGGACAGAAAGGAACAGGUAAAUGGACCGGUAUCGCUUCACUGGAAUAUGGCGUACCAGUAACACUAAUUGGUGAAUCUGUGUUUGCCCGUUGUUUAUCAUCAUUGAUUGAUGAACGUGCUCGUGCUUCAAAAGUUUUAAAAGCUCCAAAUGUCAAAAAAUUUGAUGGUGAUCGAAAACAAUUUAUUGAAUAUUUGGGUCAAGCAUUGUAUGCAUCAAAAAUUAUUUCUUAUGCUCAAGGUUUUAUGUUGAUGCGUGAAGCAGCUAAACAAUACAAUUGGAAAUUAAAUUAUGGUUCAAUAGCACUGAUGUGGAGAGGAGGAUGUAUUAUAAGAAGUGUAUUUCUUGGCAAUAUUAAAGCAGCGUAUGACAAUAAUGCAUCGUUAGAAAAUUUAUUAUUAGAUAAUUUUUUUCAAGAUGCAAUUAAUAAAUGUCAAGAAGGAUGGAGAAAAGUAGUUGCUACUGCUGUUGUCUAUGGUAUACCAACACCAUGUUUAAGUACAGCAUUAUCAUUUUUUGAUGGUUAUCGUUCUAAACGAUUACCAGCCAAUCUUAUACAAGCAUUACGUGAUUAUUUUGGAGCUCAUACAUACGAAUUAUUAGAUUCACCCGGCACAUUUCAUCAUACAAAUUGGACAGGACAUGGUGGAGAAGUAUCAGCAUCAACAUACAACAAUUAA